CGUGACGAUGUGCUUCCGAAAGACCGCCGUAGUUUCGACCUCUUUGCUGGGGCCGCUGGACCGUUUGGGCUGACCGCUGAAUUGUUUCGCUGUCGCAUCUUGUCCCUAACCACCAUGUCCUCAGCCUCAACAUCCUCAACGUCCAAUAGACCAAAGAAACGAUUCACUCGACAGCAGCUACUCAAGCAUCUCGAGAUCCUCAAUACUCUUCCUAUAAACCCUCCUCCCCAUGCACUUCCCCCUUCGCCUCCUUGUUCUCGAGAAUCUUCCCCAGCCCUCCCACUCAAGCGCAAGUCUGACCUUGCUUUUGACUCGGAUCGUCAGAAACGUCCAAGAACAGGCUCUCUCUCCGAUAGACAGCAGUCUGCUUCUCAGCGCCACCAGCAAUCUCAGCAACCCUCAGCCCUUACUCGUGUAUCGAACCAGCCCCCUGCUUACUCUUCGCGGUCCGAGCCUACCGAAGACGGUGAGGUAGCAGAGGAAGUGCCCCCUCCUUCAGUAUCAGUCUCCAAGUCUUCAUCGCAUCCCUCAGACUCAAUAUCGAGUGCUGUUCCCAUCCGGAGACCCAAGCGUGGUGUUCCUUCCGGCCGAUGGUUUGAGCAACUACACGAUACCUACCAUGCCGCCGGUCGUAAACUCAAAUACUCUGGUGAUGCCCGUUUCUGGUCCACCUAUCCUUCCACACACAAGGAGUAUCGUCCUUUAACCGAUCCUCCUCCUCCAAAUUCAUCAUAUCAUAAAUAUGGCGGUCUUAUUGCCCGGCUAGAGCUUCUAGAUGCCCUCGUCUGCUUUACCUACUCAUUAUGGUGUAGGGACUACAUACGCCGGGCAUGCAAUCCCCAGACGUGGUCCACCAUUGAAGCCUUUUUGGUGUGGUGCAAGGCAAAAUGGCAUUCAGAAGAGGGUAUCAACGAUGCAGAAAAGGCAUUCUGUGGCCUGAUCUGGAUGAUCGAAGCCUUUAUACAUACACGGAAGGUCGUAUAUAGUUCGAGAACGUAUCUCGAUCCAGAAAUUGACAAGGUUGUGGAAGCUGCUCGGAAUUCGGUCGUGAAUGCCAUAUCAGAGGCAGAACGUAGCUCUUCUACUGGCUCCAACUCGGCUUUACUAGGCGAUAAACCGCAGUCCACUCCUCCUAUGCUUCCCUCUCCCGCUAGUAUAGGUCCGACCAACAGCGCGAACUCGACUCCUACAAAUCGAGAGGGUACCUCAACGUCUUGCAGCACCCGCUCGACGUCCAUUUCUCCAUCCUCUGUGCCCCCAGCUCUUCCGGUGGGGCCAGCAAUACCCAUACGUCUUCUACCUUCUGCAUACCAGCAUGGUGCACCAGUGCCACCACAUGUGACAUCUGUUGCGAAUAAAGUCUCUGUUAGUGUUACUCCCCAGCUCAUUGGCGCCAUAAAGGACCAGACAGCGGGCAUUAACGCUGCCGCCUCGAGCAUGAAUCAUGCACAGCAGUCUCUCACACUUCCCAUUUUGGCUCGUUUCUUCCCGAGAACAUUUGCGCGCAUGGUACAUUCUACGCUAUCUCCAACAGACGAACACGAGCCGGAUAUUGAAGACGAAGAGGGUGAGCUCUUUUGGCCCGGCCAAUGUAUAAACGGCGAAGGCCUCGGUUGGGUGUGUCUCAUGGGGCAGGCAAUGAUUCGGGAAUUUGGGAAGGCCUAUGGCUAUAAAGGGCUUAAAGGCGUCGUUCCAAAACCAGAACAGUCGGAGACCCACCAUUCCGGCCAUAAUUAUUCUCAGCGCCCCUUACCACAUGGUCCUACUCCGGGAUCUAAUUCGGCUCAGCGGUGAACGAAGCAAAUAUGUAUGUGCCUCCCAUUGUUUAAUGCGGGCUUCGGCAUAUACAGAACCUCCCAUAUCGGAUGUUCCCUUGGGCACUGCCCAUCCUACAGACAGAUUCCUGUAGUCCGUCGAACGCGUCCUCAAAGCCAUCCACGCUUAGGACAUCGUCCAGACUCUUAUGGACAACGAAGUUCCACUUCUAAACAUUUUCCCUACAUAAGGGUAUCACUACCUUUCCCCCAACAAUCAUCCCGAAAUAAAUUUGGAACCUGUAGCGCUAGACACAACAAUUCAAAAGAACGCAAUAACCCUCUCUUGUAUCCCGCUUUCCAUUCAACUCAAAUACCGACUGUUUACAUUUUUCGGCUUUGUCGUUCCUCUUUGCUCUUUCGUCGGAUACAUUGCACUGGAAAUUGGCGUCGCAUUUUUAUCUCCAGGGUUUUCUGCCUGAUAGAUUGCUUUCCUUCUGUGCAUUUUCUUCCUCAACCCUCGGACCCGAUCACGCUUUCAAUCCUUUUAUUCUUACAGCCAUGAGACGUGACCUGUAUCGAUUCCUCUCAACAAAGUACGCCUGUUUCUACCUCUCUUCAUUGUUUUCUGUACAGCUCUUCUUCUUUUUCUCCCUCGCUCGUCUUUAUUUUAUUUUUUUUCGCAUACUCACACCUCACCGCAAUUGUCUUAUCCCCCUGCAUUGACUUGAUCACCUUUCUCUCACUCUACUAUUCGGUCUGUGUAGGAUGUAAAACUGUGGAAGAAUUGACACACGAAGAAGAAUAAAAAUAAUAACCCAAUGUCGAAUGGUGGGUUCGAAU